AUGCGUGUUAAGCGAUCCGCUUGUCGGUCAACGCGAAUACCAAACGAAAUGUUAUUACAAAGUUUAAGACUAUCUUCCACUACUACCGCUAAUACAACACAGAACCCAAACUAUCUUUCAUCUUCUCAACUAAUAGACAACAAUAAUAUAGCAUUUACACAAGUUACCACCACUACAACAGCCACCUCACUAUUAAAAUCGGCAAACACCCCAAUCGAAAUUCCAUCUAAAUUCUUUGAGGAUCUCUAUUCAGAUUUAGAUCCCACGAUGCUACUACGUAUUAAGGAACAACUCACGUUACCAAUUCAUGAAUUAAUCACGCCAAAGCGUAAAUCACGUCGGGGUCAAACGCCGCGUCCACAGAAUUCGUUUGUGUUGUAUCGACAUGAAAUUCAAGCGAGGUUAACAAGGUAUCGUGGACCAAAAAUUGGUGCUAAUCUGCCUUUAGUGUCGAAAAUUGCAUCAAAUAACUGGGAGAUAGAGCCACAAGAGGUUAAACAAGUGUAUGAAACUCUUGCGGAAUUAGCGAAAAAAGUUCAUUUGAACGUGCAUCCGGAUUACGUUUAUAAACCAAAGAAACGUAAAGAUAAAAAAUCGACAAAAUUCGAUUAUGAUGUAGAAGAGGAAGAUUUAUUAAGAGAAACUAGAUUCUCCAUGAAUGAAGAUGGUUGUCGACAAAACAACGAUUGCUCAUAUAAUAAUAUCGAUAUCCAUAACGAUAAUUAUUCUCAACCGAUUGCAUCAUCAUCGUGGCGUACUUAUCAUUCCUCAUCCUCAAAUAAUAAUUUGCCUUCCAUUGCGACUUUAACCACUUUAUUAAGAUCACCAUCACCAUCACCACACAUGAAUAAUUAUGAUAGCGGUGACAGUAAUAAUGAAGAAUCGUCUCACGAAUAUUUAAUUAAUGACAUGCAAACCUAUCCUAAUUCUCCUAUACAACACCACCAUCGACAGCAAAAACAAGAACAAAUUGUUGAUAAUAAGAUAAUAGUGUGUAACGAGUUCAAUUGCACUUGCUCAAAUGAGCAACCUUUGAUUCAACAAUGGCAUUUGAAAACUGUAUUGCCACAAAUCGAAUCGGCGCGACAAGUUGAAUUAAGUGAUUCGUAUGAUCGUGGUAUGUGUAGAUUAUUCGGUGCACCCUAA